AUGUGGUUCUGCGCCAUGCUGCUGGCGCAGCUUUUUGGUCUUCGCAAGGCGUUGAUUUCGAUCUUGGGACGGCUCAAAGUCUUGAGCGAGGAGCACGAGGACCUGACUCUUUCCAGUCGGGUGUUGGUGCACGUGUCACAAUUUCCCGGAGUUCAAAUGGAGGUCAUUUCGUUGGCAAGACACCUGCGAGCAUGGCAGAGGUCCGUGACUUUGGAUACACGGCGGAUCCAAUGCGAUCACAAGACCUUGGAAGAGGAAUGGCACGAUCUGAUCGACGGUCCAAACUCCCUCCUCUUGACCAUUGAGAAACACAAAGGCCCUGAACUCUCUGAACAGGCAUUUCACUUGGAAGAGGCCAUCAUUGAAGUUUGCACCGUGGUGCACUGCAUUUUGGAGAACCGUUGGAUGAGGAAGAAGGUGCCAUCUGCGGAUCGCAAGCCCUUGGAUUGGAAGUCACGUUCCCAGCAGUUGAAGGCCGGUCUUCGAAAACCAUUGGAAGAAAGUGCCACGCUGUCCUCGAAGGCCCAAGGGAAGAGGAGCUGCUACGCGUUGGGCAGUCAACUGGUUGUGAACGUGCUGAAGCCACUGUACGAUUGUCCGAUGCUCGAGCUGCUUCAUCAACUUCAUUGGCGGAUCCAGACGAAGAGAAACCAAUGUCACCAGAUUUGGAGGAAGCUAUCGCAGAACUCAUGGCCCAGAUGGUGCAGCAACAGGAAGAACUUCUUCGGCAGAGUCCCAGUGGCGCACCAAGCCCGCGUGCAGGAGCUGAAGGGGAACAGGUAUGGUUUCUCCUUCAUUCUUCAAGUGGUGCAGUCCCUGGCGCAGAGCCAAUAUCUGGACGAGUACAUUUUCAAAGUGGCUGAAGGCAUCUCUCCACACCAUGGGAACUUGGUUGUGGGCACCCUGGAGAGCAUUGCUGGCGUCACCAAAUUACUGGUUGCAUUUCCUAUUGGUUGCGUAGUGGAUUGGAGACCUGCCAGUCGAACCCGGCUUGCUUGGGUGGCCUUGGGUCUCGGUUGUCCCACAGUUGUGAUUGGUGUGCUGGCGAUUCUCAGUGGGCGGCUGUGGAUGCUGACCAUCAUGCAAGUGGCAUUCGUGAUCUUUGCUGAGUUCGCUAGCUGUCUUGCCAUGGCGAUCUUCACGGACAGCCUGGCGUCGCGGAGCCUGGAUCAACGGACAGCUGCCUUCGCCAACGUCCAGGUCUUUCAAAACUUGGGGACGGCUUUGGGCUCUGCCAUCUACGGCUUGACUUUGCUCUACUUUCAGGCUCCUGAGGCUCCUGAAGACUGGACGGGCUUCCAGACCAAGUCAGCUCUUUUGGCGGGUUUUGCUUUGCUCGUCCCUGUGAUGCUGUCUCUGUUUACUUUCCGCCAAGCUCAGAAAGAGUCAAAGGACCUGCCAGCCGAACAACCAGAGAUCCAAACAGAGAUCAAGACAGGGAGAGCUUGGGUACCCUAUGUGGUGCUGUUGGCACUGUUGAUUCUUGCACUGGCCGCAGGGAUGGUCUUCAAAUUUUUCCCCCUCUUCUUCAUCAACAUCUAUGGCAUGUCUGUUGUCCAGAUCAGCGUGGUUCAAGCCAUUGAGCCCUUGGUGAAGGCUUGCUUCACCUACCUGGUGGGUGUUUGUGCUCCGGUGGUUGGUCGAGCCGAAGCCACCAGUCUCUGUAUGGUCGGGGUCAUUGGAUGCCUCCUUGGCCUAUCGAUACAAAGAGAGGAAGGAACGCAUCUGUUAUCAUCAUUGGCUCUCUUUAUGUUCCGAGGAAGCCUUGCCCAAGCAUCUUUUGCUCUUGCUUGGGCGAUCUUGAUGGAUUGCGUACCUGCAUCCCAGAGGGGUAGAUGGAGCAGCAGCUGUACCGUAUUGAACGUGUCCUGGAGUGGGGCCGCCGUGAUUGCUGGAGAGCUGUUGGACAAGCACGGCUACCAAUACACUUUCUGCAUAGCUGCAGGGCUCUGUGCAGUGGCUCUAGUCGUUUUCUCGCCUCUCCUCCUCCUAAAACUCCAGAGACUUCCAUCCGAACCUGUCGAAGUUUCGCCCAAUGCAAAUGCUCAAAGUGGAGCUGCAGAGGUGGUGGUUGUGGUGGAUCCAUUCUCCACUGGAGGAUUUUUGGCAGCAGAGCUAUUGAGCCAAGGCUGUGCCGUUAUCGCGCUGUGGACCAAGGAAUCCAAUAUCCGGUAUCACGAUUAUCCGAAGAUUUUCGAUCCCAGACAACUCUUGGCAGAGCUGGACGAAGAGCCAACCGUGGAAGCCACAGCAGCUCGACUUCGCGAGGUGGUUGAUAGCGUUAGCGGUAGCUUGGCAGCUGUGAUUUGCGGAGGCGACAGCGGCGUCCACGCCGCAGAUGCCCUGAGCGAAGCACUGGAUUUGCGCGGCAAUGGCCUCGGCCAUGGCAAUCGUCGAGACAAACUGGUGCAACACCAGGCGUUGGAAGCAGCCGGUCUGAGAUUUGCACGCACAGUGAGCGGAACCACAUGGGAACAGGUCGCUGCAUUUGCGGAGACGGAGCAAUACCCUUUGGUUGUGAAACCCAUCGAAUCAGCUGGUGCAGAUGGCUUUAAGUUGUGUGACUCCAUGGACGAGGCACGUGAGCACUUUGACUUCUUAAACAGUUCCGAUCGCUGGUGUGGUGCACAAGGCCGCGGUGUUCUGUUACAAGAAUUUCUCGAGGGAACAGAGUACAUAGUUGAUCACGUUUCCUGUGAUGGGGUGCACAAGACGACCAUGCUGUGGAUGUACGACUUCCAGGAAGUCAACGGGCAUCGUGUUUGCAUUGCACAAAGGCCAGUCCCUUGUGAUUCGUCUGCGAUGGCGGAGCUUGUUGCCUAUACGCGGCAGUGUUUAAACGCCUUGGGUGUCCGGAACGGUGCAAGCCAUACUGAAGUGAUGUGGACCUCGGGCGGACCUUGCCUGGUGGAGGUGAACUGUCGAUGUCAGGGUGGCACGGGCUUUUGGGUGCCCCUGUGCCGAAAGAUGACUGGCUACAGCCAAGUUGAUGCCGUCAUUGGUGCCUACCUGAGACAGGAGGCUUUCGAUGCACUGCCCAACACGCCGACAUUUUUGAUGUUUGGCGACAUCAUUCACUUGAUCUCCUACGAAGAGCGUCUCAUCACUGAUACGGCGAUGCCAGGGCUUGAGGCUGUCCGUGGCUUAUCAUCGUUUACAGAUGUUGCCCUGAAUGUGGAGCUGGAUAAAAUGAUGUGUAAAACAACCGAUUGGAACACGCUCAUUGGUGUUGUGGCAUUGUGCCAUCCCGAUCCAGCUGUACUUGCUGCUCACACUUGCUUGAUUCGAAGCAUGGAGACGUCUGGAAACGGACACCCCUGCGUCGGGCCUAACGGAUGGUCUGCCGGGAUGGAUCAGUUCUGGAUGAAGUUUGAGCUGAUCAGGGCGCUCAGUUUAUCUCUGCCAGGGCGCUUGUCUGCUUUGAGCCAGCCAAGACCUUCGUCCAGAGGUUCCGCUCCACCACCUGCUCCCAACUUCCUCCUGGACGAGACGAUGGAUGACGCAGCUUCUCCAGGUUCUUCCGGUCCUCCAGUCCUUCCGAUGACGUCACGCCAAGGACAUGGACGGGAAACAACUUCGAGUCCGCUGCCGUCAGAGCACACAGGCAGGCGGGUCGAGCCGGCCGCUCAGCGAAGUUCCUCAGGAGUUUCUGAAAGCCCCAGUCGAGGAGUCACUUUCUUCGACCUCCAGACUGUGCCAGGAGAGCAAGAUGCUGAGGAUCGUCGCAGCGAAGGCGAGCGUUCUGGUUUGGGCGGCCUUGAUGACGAGUUUGCAGAGUUCCCCGUGGUCCAAGUGAACUCGGCGUCACCACGGCAGAGUGGGUCUCAGCCACCUGUGUCGCCUGGAAAUCGGAGUCUUCGCAGUGCCAAGAGCGCACGUAGCUUGCGGAGUUCCAAGUCACAGGCUGAAAUCUUCGAAGAUGCGUAUGCCGAAUUGCUGCAGAAGCGACUGGACGGUGCCAGCACACCAGUGGAGCGCGCCUACCAGGAGCAAUUGAUGGAGGCAGCCUACAAGGAGAUGAGGAAGAGCCUCUCGCGAUCGGACCGUGGUGGGAUGGGCCAGGAUGCCUUUUUCUUUAAUGAGAAACUCGGCAGCAUGGGUUCAGAGCAGAGAGCACACGUCACAUCCCGGGAAGGUGGUUGCGGCCCAGAUGCUGACGUUUGGCACGACCAUCAAAAUGGCAUCGAAGAACCUCUGCUUGGAAUGGCUGAUGUCGUUGAGUUGAUGUUGAUGCUUGGCCAGGCACCUAGCGAGAUCUCAAUCUUCAAGCUCUGGUGGGAUGAAAGAAGCAUGAUGCGGGUACGCACCGACUCGGAGGCCUUCGGCUGGCCUUCCAGGAUUUCAAGGACCACCUCUGGACAUUCCUUGGUGAAGUCUCGGUCUUGGGCAGCUGGUGCCAGUGCCGGUCGUGCCACAGGGAGAACUCUUGUUCGAUCACAAUCGCGGGACGUGGUCAUCCGCGGAAAAACCGAACGGCUGGUCUUGAGUUCUCCCAAGGCGGUCCGCAUCGAAUUGCAGGGCAGACCACAGCGUGACAUCAUCGCCCAACCGUGGGGCCGGCGGCGUUUACUGCCUCUGCUGCUCCCUUGGAAGCCGCAGGAUCCAAAAGAGUUUCAUUUGGGCUCCUUUGGAGGAAUAAAAGGACGCGAGGCCAGACAUAUCAUUGCAGCGACGACCACUGCUCCGAUGCAAUCAGUUCAAGACAAGCAGCUCAAGAGGGAUGCAUUGGUUUACCAGGUCCAAGUGAGUCGUCCUACCACCCCAAACAUGGAGGAGGAGGGCCUGGGGCCUUCUCGACCGUUGUCAGCCACAUCACGUCCUCUUUCUGCACAGUCCAAGGUGAUGGCUUCUGGGGAACUUCAUGAAAGCGCUUCCAGUACCAACCUCCCUGGACUGGCUGUGCCUGGCGAGGAGCCUCGGCACGGCAUGCGACACUACAUCACGCAGGAGGAUCUUCAGAACCUCCAGCAACGCAUGGACAUGUAUCAGUGCACGCUGUUCAAGACGUCCAUGCGAUUUUGGAGGAGCACUGGACACCUCUUGACAAAGAAAAACUUGUACUCAUGGAAGAGAAGGCCAAUGAGGCCCCCGCAGAGGCUGGAUUCGAUCAUGUUUGUGCCGGCACAUUUUUGCUCCAUCUCUGAUCAGGAUGAAGCUGAGGAGGCCUACUUGGAUGCGCCUUUGGAUGAGGUGCUGAUGAGGCCACAAACACCUGCCUGGUUCCUGGACAUCGUCAAUCCGCAAAUGCGCCUGGAAGAGGCUCCGCUGGAUGCCGAAGACAACGUCAGUGACACAGGGCAAGUCAUUCCACUCUCAGACUUUGCGGUCAAUGAGUCUCCUGCCACGUGGGUGGAAGGUACGCCUUCCCCUUGGGAGGUCAGGCCCCCGACAGCUGAAGAGACACUGACGGUCCAGAAGCCUCCGCUACCCACUCCAUGCAGCAGCCGAGCUUCUACAGGUACUCCACGCACCUUUGUGGCACAAGGGCAACGCUGUAGAUCGGCGUCUGCACAGGAGUCUCCCAGUGGGCUCACACUUCCUGCCAUCAAUGGUCCAGUCGUUGAGGCGGAGGAACCAAAAGCAGAGGUGCAGCAGGUGCCCCGUUCAGCGAGCGUUGAUCCUGAUACGAAACGAGGACAUCCACCUCCUCGCUGGCGUCCGGUGACACCCCUUCUAGGUCCCAUGCUGCAAACGGCCAAAGGAGAUGAUGCUCCGCAAACUGAAAGAGGCACCACUACAGGAGUGGGCAAAGUGAAGACAGGCGAAGCUCCUCGUCCAAUUUCGGCAGGAGGUCCAGUCCUUCUGAAGAAGGAUAUACAGGCUUCUGCACUAUGCAGCGCUGAAUUGCAGAGGAGUCGCAUUGAGGGACCGAAGCCAGUCAGUGCCCGGCGCAAGCCAGCCGUCAUGCCGGAGAUCCACUCCAACGAGAGGAGAGAAUCACAGGCCAGCGAGGCCUCGGCCAUGGCUAUGGCUGCGACUUUGGCGCAGCAGCAAUUGAUGGCCAAGAUGAAAGGAAGGCCACAGACUGGAAAUGCUCGAAGUGCCACACCUCGUGCCCAAGCCAAUGUGGAACCGAAGGUACAGCGUGUCCUGUCCAAGGUGUGGGCCACGCCGAAAAUGGCGAAUGCAGUGAACAGCUCAGUUGAAGCCAAGUUCUGUGUCUUGGCGACCAGUGGCAAGAUGCGAAUACCUCAGCGCCCGUUGCCUCAGACCUUGAAAGCGCCCGUUGCCUCAGUCACCUUUGCUGAAGCCAAAACCGCCGAGGCAUUCGAGGCAUUCCGCAAUUGUUCCACACGCUAUCCACUAUUCUUCCGACGGCACACGAGCGGCAGCCGUAAAAGGCCGGCGGCCGAAGCUCGUGGCAUUCUGGCACGAUGCAGGCUUUUGCUGCUGGACACCUUGAUCCUCUCAGAAGAUGGCGGCUUCCAACGUCCCAACGAGAGCGAACCGCUCUUCCCCAAAGGCCCCGAACCACGACGUGCUCGUUGA